GAGCAGAGCACUGGCUUUGUCCUGGCAGAGCGGGGCUGCUCAGCCGUCAGGUCGCCAAGAGCCACGCUCAGCAUCCAGAAACGAGGUGCUCCUUUCAGAGUCGUGUCAGUGUCUCGUUCAGCAUUAUCCAUGUUUGGAACAACGGUCGGUCUUUAUGGGAUACCCUGGUGUAAGAAAUCCCUGCUGUUAACUGUCUUGAUGUCAGUUAUUGGAGCUUCCAUGGGAAUUCUAGACACAGGCGGCAAUGUACUGGCACUGAACACCUGGGGAGCAGAGGCUGGGCCACAUAUGCAGGCCUUGCACUUCAGUUUUGCUGUCGGUGCGUUUGUGGCUCCAAUCCUGGCUAAAAUGGCCUUGGGAGGCUCUGACUCUAAAGACCUUCCAGUAGCUGAAAAGACAAACCAGUCUGUCCUGAGGUCUGUGCCGACAGCAUCGGCUGCAUCAGCUGCGUCAGCACUGAAACACCAUCUUGGUGCAGAUUUUUUGUGGUCCUAUGUUGUCAUAGGGACCUAUCUUCUGUUUGUUUCUUUCUUCUUUUUUAUUUUGUAUUCAAAGGGCAGCUCAGCUCGAGACAAAUCAAAGGCUUGUCUGCAGAAAUGCAUGUUUGCCAAAUACCACUGUGCCCUUAUUAUUCUCCUGUUCGUAUUCUUCUUCUGCUACGUGGGAGCGGAGGUCACUUACGGCUCUUACAUAUUUACUUUCGCAAAGGUCUUUGCCGAGAUGAAAGAAAAUGAAGCAGCGGCUUUGAAUUCUGUCUUCUGGGGUGCGUUUGCCGCUUGCAGGGGAGUGGCAAUAUUCUGUGCUGCUUGCUUGUACCCUGGCACCAUGAUCCUGCUGAGUAUCACAGGCUCUGCCGUCUCCUCUUCCCUCUUGGCCUUCUUUGCGAGGUACCCAGCCUCCCUGUGGGUUGGAACCGCUGCCUACGGAGCGUCAAUGGCUACCAUCUUUCCCAGCGGCAUUUCCUGGGUAGAACAGUACACGGUCGUGCAAGGAAAAUCAGCUUCUCUGUUUGUGAUCGGCGCUGCGCUGGGCGAGAUGUGCAUCCCUGCCGUGGUGGGGUAUCUUCAAGGAAGGUUUCACCAUGUUCCUGUGGUUAUGUACACUGCCAUGGGGACUUCUGCAGCGACAGUUAUACUCUUCCCUCUGAUGUACAAAUUAGCCACCUCUCCCGGUGAGAGCGACUUGAAAGAAAUGAGCGAGAGCGAGGACCGGAAAGCUUUGUUGUCAAACUCAGGGCUUAAUGAGGAUGAAGAGGAUGAGGAGGAUGCGGGAGAGUGGAACGAAGCAGACUUUGAGGUCAUAGAAAUGAAUGACACGCUGAGAAACUCUGUGAUAGAGACCUCCCGUAAGAUACCCAGGGACUCUCCAGCCAAAGUCUCUCUCCAGCCCCAUCUGGACGCUGUAUUGCGCGAUUCUCCAGUGGUUGCUGGUGGCUCCCCUGGGAGAAAAAUCGUGAAUGUUGACCGGGAGAAGAAUGAUUAA